UCUCUCUCUCUCUCUCCAACUGAUUGGUUGGAGAGAUGUCAUGUGAGGUAGAAGAUCCAUGUGGAUCAUAUUCUACAUGCAAAGAUGAAAGAGUUGGAGCUGCUGAGCUCAUGGAUGAGUAUUGGUUCUUUCACAACAUGCUUGAUAGAGCCAGGAUCUUCAAACCUUCAACAGAUGCUUGUUGCUCAAGCACCAAUAAGGAAAUGCUUCUUCAAGACAAACAUGGAGGACUACAAUCCCCACCCAGAAACCUUCCCAAGCAUGAUAAUCCUUCCAAUGCUCCUAAUUUUCUUAGAACUCCAUCUCUCCCACCUUGCAUAGGAAAGGAGAAAUCAAUUCAAUGCGAAGAUAUCAAUGGUCGAUCAUCAACCAAUUCAAGGCUGCAACGCUCAUUUAGCUCAGUGGCCAACGCUCCUUCGCCGCCACCGAUUGCGAAUUCGCAUUGUUCUUCUUCAUCCAAGAGCACAACACUGAAACCGGGCAUUCCAAGGCGUUGACUACAGCGGGCAGAGUCGAGCAUUGAAGGUUCAACAAGGAAGGAUUACGAGAAGAGCCCACUUACAACCACUAAGGAAGUGAGUUUUCAGAGAACAUCUGGCAUUAGGAGCCACAAGAGCCUGAGCCAGCUUCAAUUAGAGGAGCUCCAAGGCUUCAUAGACUUGGGCUUUGUAUUCGACAAGGCCCAAAUAAGCCCGAAUAUACUGACCAUCAUUCCUGGUCUUGAAGACAAGAGGUCCACCGAGGAGGACGGCAGUGAUCACAGGAUGGCCAGACCUUAUCUAUCUGAAGCAUGGUGUGUACAAAGAUCAGUUACUCCUAAGGUCAAUUGGGCUGAUGGCAAAUCAGCGGCAGAUAUCAAGGAACAACUCAGGGCUUGGGCCAGAACGGUGGCCUCUAACGUGCACCAGGAGUGUUAAGCUUAAAUCUUCAUGAUCUGCUGCUUACUUGAUUUACUUGUAUUGUACGCAUACAUCAUUCUCGAAUCACAAUCCCUGUCUUAAAAAGAA